AUGUCGUUACCCCAACGCUGUGCCAGACAGCUUCUCCGAGAGCCAUUUCAACGCGGCUCACUACCUAUCUUCCUCGCUCCGGCCUUCUCCCCUUCCCGCACACAAUGCUUCUCGACCACAUCGCCGGCGCAGUCCCGAGUCGGAGGUGCCGCAAUCACCAUCCCUCCGGAAGUGAGCUUUAAGCUUGUCGAUCUGCCCGCUACUCAGACCCGGACUCGCGGAAAGGAUAUCCCCAAGUUCGCUGCUGAGAUUAAGGGCCCCAGGGGCGAGAUGACUCUGAGCAUUCCCUCUUUCCUUACCAUCACCCGUGAUGAGAGCGGACAGAAGGCUACUCUCUCUGUCCUGGAUACCGAUGUGCCUCACCAGCGUGCUAUGUGGGGAACUACCCGCGCACUUCUCCAGAACCACAUCCUCGGUGUCUCCGAAGGCCACGUCUGCGUCCUCAGUAUGGUCGGUGUCGGAUACAGGGCGACAGUCGAAGAGAAGGCGACAACCGUUGAAGCCACCUACCCUGGCCAAAAGUUUGUCUCUUUGAAGGUCGGCUUCUCCCACCCCAUCGAAUUGGGUAUUCCCAAGGGUGUUGUGGCCAGUACACCCCAACCUACUAGAAUCCUGCUCGAGGGCGUGGACAAGCGGGUUGUGACCCAAUUCGCGGCUGAGAUCAGGGACUGGAGACGCCCCGAACCUUACAAGGGUAAGGGUAUCUUCGUCAAUGGCGAGACGAUCAAGCUUAAGGCGAAGAAGAUCAAAUAG